AUGAUCGCAACAACUUCAAGUACAACAAGUUCGGAUUCCAAAGAGGACAAAGAAAUAAUUGGAGAUUAUAAAUUAUUUUUAGAUUUAUUGUUUCAAGGUAUUAAAGGAUUAGGAAUUAAUGUAGAUGGAUUAGAGCUGGAUCAUCUAUGUUAUAGAGUAUCACUUGAAGAAUACUAUGAUGUUAAAAAGAAUGAAAUCCUAUCAAGUGGUCAUGAAAUGUUGACAGAGGUUAAUUACAAUGGUCGUCGUAUAUCUUCUUUUAAACUUACUCAACCUAUUCUAUACGAGUACCAAAGUAACAAUGGAACUAGUGAAACCAAAGUAAUCCCACUACUAGAAUUACCAUCACACAAACCAUCAAAACCACAACUAGACGGCUUGGAACACUUUUAUUUUGUGACAUCUCAGUCAUUCCAAGAUAUCAAACAUCAACAUGACCAAGCUGUAAAGGCAUCGAAUGGUAGAUUCACAUGGGUUGAAAUUGAUAUUGCCAACAAAUUCAAUCCCAACAUUGAAUUGGAAAUGGAAUUAAGUAAGGAUGAAAAGAUAGCUCUCAACACUCCAAAAGAAGUUAUUGAUAAUCGUAGAUCUAUUUCUGUUAAAUUUCAUCCAAAAUCCCUUCAAGAUAUGAUUGAUGAAGAGAAAAAGAAAGAAGUAGAAAAAUAA